GUGAUGUUUAACAUAUUGUUAUGAAAUUGAUCAUGAUUAUUAAAACUUUCAUAUUUUAUUUCCAGGGUAUUGUAGUGACUCCUCUGCUGCUACUUCUGUUUUUGGGAUCAUCAUCUUCAGUACCCUUUACCUCUAUAUUCUCCCAGCUAUUCAUGACUGUUGUUGUCCCGCUGAUCAUUGGUCAGAUUGUGCGGAGGUACAUCAAGGACUGGCUGGAGAGGAAGAAACCUCCAUUUGGUGCGAUUAGCAGUUGUGUCCUGCUUAUGAUUAUCUACACCACCUUCUGUGAUACAUUCUCUAACCCAAAUAUUGACCUGGACACUUUCAGUUUGGUUGUUAUUGUAUUUAUCAUAUUUUUUAUUCAACUAGCAUUCAUGCUUUUAACAUUCCUGUUUGCUACUAGUAAAAAAAGUGGUUUUACUCCAGCAGACACAGUGGCAAUAGUAUUUUGUUCAACCCAUAAAUCACUUACCUUAGGUAUUCCUAUGCUGAAGAUUGUGUUUGCGGGAUAUGAACAUCUCUCAUUAAUAUCUGUUCCUUUGUUGAUUUAUCACCCGGCUCAAAUUCUACUUGGAAGUGUAUUAGUGCCAACGAUAAAAUCUUGGAUGCUUGCCAGACAAAAGGCAUUGAAGUUAACAAGGCAGCCGAAGGUCCCGUUAUAA